AUGUAUGCCAGCGACGUAACUCGGAUAUGCCGUGUUUCCACCACUGCUCUGUCCUUGGUCGAUCCUGUUCGGCAUGCGGAAGAGUUGUUGCACCAUCGUCCGGUACGUGUCGAGCACCUGAGGUUCGUUCCUCCCACGAUCCUGUGGCAACUCCUGGAGAACAAAGACGCGCGUACAGCCCUUCACCCAGAUGACACUAUCAAAAAAAAACAAUUCUUCAAUAUUACCAUCAUGCCUUGGAUACUGUCGUUGUCAAUCACGGAUGGGUUUUGCCCCGGCAAUGCUGCGCCUCACUCACAUGUCCCAUGUGACAGCCGGCGAGGGGCUUGUUAA